AAGACCUAACAUUCUGGCCUGUGAUACUAUUAAAUUAUAUCAGGCUACCGGUGAUUAUACGCGCGUGGAUGGAUUAUUCCCAAAAGAGGAAUCCUUGAUUGCGUUGCGGUGAAUAUUUUGAAAAUAUCUCGAGUGCCAAAGUGACGUUUCAGUGACAAUCCGUGCAUGCGGCGUAAAAGGUAAACAACAAACGUUCCAAAGUGUGCGCUCGUCUUUGCCGAUAAAUCGCGAAAUGCCGCUCAUUAUUAUCACCGGAUUGCCAGCCAGUGGAAAAACGGCUCGGGCCGAAGCGCUGGAAAAGUACUUCACAGACGCGGGAAAAGGCCCCGUGCACAUCGUUUCGGAGGCCGAAUGCAUAGCCCGGUCCGGGUACGGUGUGAAGGCGAGCUUCACGGAUACGGGCAAAGAAAAGCAAAUACGUGCCAGCGUUAAGUCGGAAGUUAUGAAACUGUUAAGCAAAACCACUCUCGUCAUUCUCGAUGGAACAAACUACAUUAAAGGCUACCGCUAUGAAAUAUUCUGUGCGACCAAGAGCGCUCGUACGACACAAUGUACAUUGUACUGUGCGCUAACCGUGGAACAGCGGCAGCAACGAAGGGAAGUAAUUAUGAACAAAACUCUCGAAGCUGGAGCGCUCGAUGGUGAUACAUUCGAUGCGCUCUGCCAGCGUUACGAAGAACCACAAGACAACAAUCGUUGGGAUCGUCCAUUGUUCACGGUAUACGCCGAUGAAGAGCCGGAUCUAUCGCAGAUCAGCAAGGCACUGUUUGAGCAAACCCCUCUUCCGCCCAACUUAGCCACGCAAAACAUGCCACUGAGUGCAACCAACUUCUUAUUCGAGCUAGAUAAAUGCACACAAACGAUCAUCGAUCAGAUCGGAGCGGCACGAAAGAUCGGUCUCGAGGGACCCGUGGAGAUACCACAGGCUGGGAUGCGUGCGGAAGUACCUCCGUCGAUGAGCGUCGCUCAGCUAAAUCGGCAUCGGCGACAGUUUCUAAACUAUGUGAAAAUGCACACCAACGUUAGCUCCGACAUUAGCAAAAUACCAGCCAUAUUUGUACAGUUUCUUAAUACAAAUACAAACAACUCUUAAAUUUUGCAAAACCCACUCUCGCCGUUCUUUAUGACUUCCUUGCCAUUGAUGUU